CCCAUGGAUUUUGAAGUUUUGCAAUGAGUCCUCUACAUGCUGGCAGAGUUCCAGCCUGCAGGGGGCUGGGAGAGAGCAGGAGGAGGAUGGCCAGACAGCCUGAAGAGCAGCUCCCACAGGUAUGGCAGUGAAAUAUUCCAUAAGAAACGGGAGGAUUAUUUGGAAUGGCCUGAAUAUUUUAUGGCAGUAGCUUUCUUGUCAGCACAAAGAAGCAAGGAUCCAAAUUCUCAGGUUGGUGCUUGUAUUGUGAAUUUGGAGAACAAGAUUGUUGGGAUUGGAUACAAUGGGAUGCCUAAUGGUUGCAGUGAUGACUUGCUACCCUGGACAAGAACAGCAGAGAACAGGCUAGAUACAAAAUAUCCUUAUGUGUGCCAUGCUGAACUGAAUGCCAUCAUGAACAAAAACUCAGCUGAUGUAAAAGGCUGUAGCAUGUAUGUUGCCUUGUUUCCGUGUAAUGAAUGUGCAAAACUGAUCAUCCAGGCAGGCAUAAAAGAAGUUAUUUUCAUGUCUGACAAGUAUCACAAUUCCCCUGAAAUGAUGGCUGCCCGGCGCAUGUUCGAUUUAGCUGGAAUUAUUUACAGGGAAUUCAAACCAAAGUGCAACAAGAUCAUAAUUGACUUCGAUUCAAUUAAUACCAGACUGAGUCAAAAGCCUCUGUGAAUUACGUCUCAUUAAAUCGCUAGAAGAUUGUGAUUAUCCUUUUCUGAGAAGCUGCUAAUGCCUUUCAUCUUGAAGUUACACAUAACUUUUUAAUGGCUGCUACAGCUAAAGUAGACAUCUAAAGAAUGUAAGGCCAGAAUGUUUUUUUGGUGUUACCGUACAGAACUAAAUCUAUUUAAACAUUUGGUUGCUGCAUUUUUCACACCUCCUUAAAAAUCUGCUGUAACAAAGAGACACCGUUCUACCUGUGUUUAUCAGAAAACUGUUUUGAUUCUUCCAAUGUUCAUUGUCAUCUCCCAAUCUAAUUGGGGUCAGGAUCACUGCUGACAAUAACAUCAGAAUGUAUUGUAGCUAGUAGCAUCCUGGAAAACCUCACUAAUAUAUGUUGAUUGAACAUAGGAGCUAUAUAACGGAUCUACAUGAAGGUAUUGCCCAUACAAAUUCAAACCACAACAACACUAAAAUAUUUUUAAAGGGUUAGAAGUAUUACUGGGUUGUAUGAAACUGUACUGUUGUACUUGGGGUUAUUUGCUAAAUGUAGUAGCAACUUUUUUUUAAUAUGUGGUGUGUGUAUGUUAUGUUCUGAGAAUAUUCUCUGUUGGAGCUAGUUUUCAAAGGGCUUUAAACCCUUUUCCCCAAGACAUCUUGAACUUAAUGAAGACUAAGUGAAUAAAUCAUUGGAUUUUUACCUAUGGGACUCUAUUUGGAGUUAAUUUUCAUGUCUAAAAGGAAAUUAGUUUAUUGGGCCAAGUCUGUACUAGAAUAUACAAUGCAGUGGAGUCCCAAAACUAACCUAUAAGGUAACUGAAUCACUUGUCCACAGAGAGUCAUAGAAAAGAUAUUCAAUGAACCUUGAGGGCUGUGCCAAAACUAGUAAUUGUGGUUUCAGCUAGUUUCCCAAUGCUGGCACAAAGCCUUCAUUUUCAUAAAAGUUGCUUAAAAUAAUAUCCUUUUUAAUUUUAUUUCGAGGUUUGGGAAUAGAUUUGAGUGCCUUUUCUUUCAUUUGCUUUUUUCUAAAUUAAAUAAGCAUAAUGAUUUUGUUUAGGAAAUACUUUUAUAUAUUUAUUUUUUAAUCCCACAUUUUCUUAAAAAUAUAGUUAUGCUUCAGUGAGCUUUUAUUUUUCCUGUAAAGGCUUUUGGUUUCAUAUUUUGGGACAUUAUGUAAUUUGGCUUCCUACUAGUAUUAUUAAAAUCUUAUUAAAAUCUACUAUGCUGAAGUAGGCUCAUUAUGAAAAUAUUACACCAUGUGCUUGGCUCCAGAGUGCUGCUGUUUUUACAGUCAUAUGCAAAGCAUAUUUUAUACAUUUGUUAUAUCAUUACAUAAAGUGUAACAUUCAUGAACCCCCUAGGUUUCUAACAAGGACGUUGUGAUGUAGUGCUAAGACAGUUGGUUUAUAAAGGCUUUUAUAACACUUUCCUUUUUUUGUUCCACCUUCCAUAAUUGUUUUCUACCUUGAAAUAUGGUCUGCUAGAAAUAUCUUAUGUGCAGAUUUUUCAGGUGUGUUGGACUGAUUGAGAGAGAGAGAGAACCUAAAAAGUUACUUUAAUAAAACAACUUACACUGUUCACUAAAA